AUGGCAGAGGAGCAGAGCGAGCUGGAGGAGAGGAUCAUCAUCAAGGACCAACACACCAAGGAGAUCGACCUGGUGAACAGAGACCCGAAACGGAUAAAUGAAGACGUUGUGAAGGUGGAUUUUGAAGACGUGAUAGCUGAGCCAGUGGGAACGUACAGCUUUGACGGUGUCUGGAAAACCAGCUACACCACCUUCACCGUCAGCAAGUACUGGUGCUACCGGCUGCUUUCUGCCAUCCUGGGAAUCCCCCUGGCUGUGGUCUGGGGCUUCCUCUUUGCCCUCAUCUCCUUCUGCCACAUCUGGGCAGUGGUGCCCUGCAUCAAGAGCUACCUGAUCGAGAUCCAGUGCGUCAGCCGCAUCUACUCCCUCUGCAUCCACACCUUCUGCGACCCGCUCUUCGAGGCACUCUCCAAGAUCUGCAGCAACAUCAGAGUUGCUCUGAGGAAGGAAACCUAG